AUGAACGGUGGCGCCAAUCUCCCCAUCGCCGUGCUCCGCGCCCCCCUGGCCCUGCUCCGCCAGCACCUCGAGAACCUUCGCACCUCCUUCUAUCUCUCCGCCACCGAGUUCCAGCGCGCCCACCUCGCAAUGAUCCUCAUGACUGAGCACCCCGGGCUCUGGACCGACCACGAGAUAUUACACAUCGUGCAUCAAAUGGAGUCCCUGAGGGGCGAGGCGCGGUUCCUGUUCAGCGAGAUUGAGGCAGCGCAGCGCAGGAUCUCGCUCAUGGAGGUGGAUUUUAUGAAUACGAUGCGGAUGAGGGGCGUAUGGGAUGCUGUGUUGGCAAUUAGGGAGCCGGAUGAGCUGGCGGCUGAUGAUGGCGAGGAGGGGGGUAAUGUGGAGGAUGAUGAGCAUUGGACUUACAGGCCUCGUAGGGGGCUUGAGAGGGAGGGGCGGGCCAAUGUGGAGGAUGAUGAGCCUGCGAUUCAUAUACCUGGUGGGAGGGCUGAGGGCGAUGAGCGGGCUGAGUGUAGAGAGGGUCUUCGCGGCCGUGAGGGUCGUGAGCAUGGUGCAGGUGAUAUUAUUUUUGAACCUGUAUCGCCCCCGGGCUCACCGGGAUACAUAAACCACCCCCCACCACCUUUAUGGGGAUGA